AAUGGAGCCAAUUCCUCUGAAAAGCCGACAGUGGAGCAGUUGAAACUACCGGCAGGACGCAAAAUUGGAAAGUUAGUGGUGACACGAGGAGGUCGCGUGUAUCUUCGUGCCGGUGGCCAUUCUAUGGAUGUGGCCCACACAGCGUCAGAAAACCAGCAUCAGGGUGUUGUGAUGGUUGAGACGGCCCGGGACGUUCAUGCUAUGCAAAAUGGGUGUGGCCGAUUUGGAGAGGGAGCGUUAUAUCGAGAUGGAACUAAUGCCGUUUACUAUUUGGGACAAGUGCGACAUCAUCUUACAGCAUCUCUUGACUGGAAGGAUCUUAGGCCGAUUGGAAUGGAAAAACCAGCAGCAGCACGUGAUGGCAUGAUGUCGCCGUCUAAAACAGCCAAACCAGUGGACUUAGAGCGUAUGCAGAAGGAAUUGACCGUGCUACAGCAAGAGAGAGUUGCCGAUAUGGCGGCUGCACUGAGAAGAUGGAAUGCCUCUUAG